CGCGCCCGCGCGUCACGUGACGCGGCCGGCUGCGGCCCGCCCCCCACGGAACGGAGCAAAGGACUAUGGCACAGGCUCAGAGGUUGGGGAGGAGAUACAUUAAAGCCUUUUUUAAAGGUUUCUUUGUUGCCGUUCCUGUAACUGUGACUUUUCUGGAUAGAGUUGCCUGUGUCGCAAGGGUGGAAGGAGCAUCAAUGCAGCCUUCUUUGAAUCCUGGGGGAAGACAAGCAUCUGAUGUAGUACUCUUGAACCACUGGAGCAUUAGAAAUUAUGAUGUACAACGUGGGGACAUUGUGUCACUGGUUAUGUCUACUGAAUAAAAUUUUAGAUAAGACCUCAAGGAUUCACCCACCUCCAUAAGGACAAGUGGAGCAAAAGAUGGAAUUCAACAUUUAAAAUUGGGAGGUCUAUGUAUCAAGACAAAAGGUGGCAGUGUUUCGCUGUUCAAAAUACUCAAGACUAACAGGACAGAAACUCCAUUUCAGCCUUAAUAUAAUAUAGAAAUAGAAUGUCCAAGUGCUCAUAACUGGUGCAAGGAUAUAAUACAGACUCAUAUUAUAUGCUUGGAGAGUUUAAGCUUAAGGUUUUAGUUUUGUAAGUGAAAUGCACAAUAUGUAAACUGUAACAAAAAUGUCUUUGGAAGCCAUAUUAUCUAACUGCCUUUUUGUCAUAUAUCUUUUCUAAUUGUCCCAUUUUUUUGCUUUCCUCUUUGCUGUAGUGGUAAUUUGUAAGACAAUUUUCUUCUUUCGCUAGAUACUUAAAAUUUGCACUGUGAUCUGUCUCAUUUUCUGUCAUGUAAAAUUUUCUGUAAAUAGUCUAGCUGCAAAUAUGAAUUUAUUCGUAUUUGCUAGAGAUAAUAUUGCAAAAGGGCUUCAAUUUCAGGUCACUCAAUGGAUGCUGUAAAAUGUGAUUCUGCCUGUGUGUGCAUCCCUCUGCCCAAGUCAUGCUCUGGUGAUUGUUUAAAAGAAUCAGGAUAACUGAUUAAUAAUUAAUAGACUGAACAGAAAAUGAGCACAUUGUCUGAUCAGAAAACAAAAUUAAUAGUUUCAUUCUUAUUAUACUCCUUGAAUGUUUGUAAUUUUGUCUGAGCCAUCUGCAUUGGUUAUUUUCACUUUGCUGUAUGUUUGAGCAGGAUAACUAGUAUUUUAGAUGCAGUGGAGAUUUUUGUAUGUUUGGAAGCUUUUCCCUAAUCUUGGUAGAGUUUAUGUAGACCCACAUAGAAGAAGUUGUAUUUAUGCACUUUAUGGAAGCUUUUCUUAGUCUUUGGGAAGUCCUCUAGAUAAUCAGAUCAGAGUAUUCCCAAAGCAUUUUAAGAUCAAUACAAAGGAAGUUAAACAAUGUAAAAAUAAUUUGUUGGAUAAUUUUAGUAUAAAAUAACAUUAAAUGUUUAUAUUUUCAAUAACAACUUUUAAGUACCU